GAGGACUCCUAUUGGUGGAGAGAUAUGAAUGUCCUCUCACCAGAGCGAUAGGCUGGGUGCCAAGGCUGAUAUUUAUGGAUUCCCUAAAGGAGAACCUGAGACUCCCUGGCAUGUGGAUCUCUUUGUGCGUUGGAUUCCUGGGGCUGUGUUCCUCGCUAAUAGGCAGCUGCAUUCUCUUUCUGCACUGGAAGAAGAACUUGCAGAGAGAAGAAGAUGCCCAGCAGUGGGUGGAAGUGAUGAGAGCUGCCAUGUUCACCUACAGCCCACUGUUGUACUGGAUAAACAAGCAGCGUCACUAUGGCAUGAAUGCAGCCAUCAACACUGGCCCUUCCCCUGCUGUCGCCAAGACUGAAGUUCAGAAUCCAGAUACUUUGUGGGAGCUGGAUAUCUCUGAAGGGGGGAACUAUGCAGUGCAAGACAGUAGUCCCACGGGUGAAGCCUCCGGUCCCUUGCAACAUGUCCUGGUGGUCCCAAAGCAGCCCCCAUCUUCAACAAUGCCACAGCCUCGGACUGACUCCCCACACCCACUCCCCAUUUUCCAGGAGGUGCCCUUUGCUUUGUCCCUCUGCAACCUACCUCCCAUGCUGAACCACUCUGUCUCCUACCCUUUGGCCAACUGCCCUGAAAGGAGUGUUCAUUUCUGUUCCCUUCCCAUACUGGCCCAUGGGACAAACGGCUUUAAUGCCAAGCCCUUUGCUUCAGAACUGUAGUUUCCUCUCAGUGACAGUGGGAGCUGCAGGUACCAAAGGCUCCUUUUGGUAGAAAACAGAGAUAACCUCAAGGAGUGGUAUUGACAAGGAGGUUAGGGUAUUUUGGACAUCACAUCAAGAAAGAUUUUUUUAAAAAUCCAA